AUGCCUCGGCACCAUGGGGGGACCACCGCCAGGGGCAACAAGCCGGAUGGGGACGAAGCUCAGCUCACGGCCAUCACGGGAGGCCUGAAGGUGUUCCUGCACUGGGCAGGCCCUGGCAGCAGGGAGCCCUGGGUCACUUUCAGCGAGGCCACCCUGACCGCGGAGGAGAUCUGCAUUCACAUCGCACAAAAAAUCGGCAUCACUCCACCCUGUUUCAAUCUCUUUGCCCUCUUUGAUGCCCAGGCCCAGGUCUGGCUGCCCCCAAACCACAUUCUCGAGGUCUCCAGAGACACAAACUUGACGCUGCACUUCCGCAUGAGGUUUUACUUCCGGAACUGGCAUGGCACAAACCCUCAGGAGCCAGUUGUGUAUCGCUGCAGGCCCCCAGGGGCCGAGGCUUCGUCAGAACAGGCAGAGCAGGGGAUACAGCUCCUGGACCCCGCCUCCUUUGAGUACCUCUUUGAGCAGGGCAAGCAUGAGUUUGUGAAUGAUGUGGCAUCGCUGUGGGAGCUGUCGAGUGAGGAGGAGAUCCGCCACUUUAAGAACGAGAGCCUGGGCAUGGCCUUUCUGCACCUCUGUCACCUUGCUCUGUGCCGUGGUGUUCCCCUGGAGAAGGUGGCCAAGAAGACCAGCUUCAAGGACUGUAUCCCGCGCUCUUUCCGGCAGCAGAUCCGGCAGUACAACGCCUUCACCCAGCUCCGCCUGCAGGUCAUCUUCCGCAGGUUCCUGCGCGCCUUCCAGCCGGGCAGCCUCUCCCAGCAGGCCGUCAUGGUCAAGUACCUGGCCACCCUCGAGCGGCUGGCGCCCCGCUUCGGCGCGGAGCGCGCGCCUGUGUGCCGCCUCGAGCUGCUGGCCCGGGCCGAGGGGGAGCCCUGCUACGUCCAGGACAGUGCACAGGCCCCUGGAGACCCCAAGCCCAAGUCUGCGGUCGAGCCGCCCACCCACGAGGUGCUGGUGACUGGCACUGGCGGCAUCCAGUGGCGGCCAGUACAGACGGAGGAGCUGACCCUGCCUUCCCCGGCCGCCGCCCUGUCCCUGGUGUCGCUGGUGGAUGGCUAUUUCCGCCUGACGGCUGACUCGAACCACUACCUGUGCCACGAGGUGGCACCUCCACGGCUGGUGAUGAGUAUCCAGGACGGUGUCCACGGACCCCUGCUGGAUCCCUUUGUGCUGGCCAAGAUGCAGCAGGAGGACGGCCGCUAUCUUAUCCACUGGAGCUCCAGCCACUUCCACCGCCUCAUCCUCACGGUGGCGCAGCGGGACCAGGCCCCCGGCACGCAGCGCCUGCGCCUGUGGAAGUUCCCCAUCGAGCUGAGUGAGGGCGCCUUCAGGCUGCAGAGCUGGGACCGGCCCUUCCCCAGCGUGCGGGAGCUGCGGGCCGCCCUGCAGGGCUGCUCCCUGCGGGCCGGCGACCACUGCUUCUCCCUGCGCCACUGCUGCCUGCCGCAGCCGGGAGAGAUCUCCAACCUCAUCAUCAUGCGCGGACCUCAGGCCAGCGCCAGGUCUCUCAACCUCAGCCAGCUCAGCUUCCACCGGGUCUGCCAGGAUGACCUCACCCAGCUGUCCCACUUGGGCCAGGGCACGAGGACCAAUGUGUACGAGGGCCUCCUGAGAGUUGGGGGCGGAGGCCCCGAGGAGGACAAAGCGUAUGCUGGGGACCCCACCUUGCCCGGCGGGGGCAGUGGGCAGGAGCUGCGAGUGGUGCUGAAGGUGUUAGACCCGAGUCACCAUGACACCGCCCUGGCUUUCUACGAGACGGCCAGCCUCAUGAGCCAGGUGUCCCACGUGCACCUGACCUUCGUCCACGGAGUCUGCGUGCAUGGCUCCAAAAAUAUCAUGGUGACAGAGUACGUGGAGCAUGGACCCCUGGACGUGUGGCUGCGGCGGGAGAGGGGCCGUGUGCCUGUGGCCUGGAAGGUGGCAGUGGCCCAGCAGCUGGCCAGUGCCCUCAGCUACCUGGAGGACAAGCGCCUGGCUCAUGGUAACGUGUGUGGCCGGAACAUCCUGCUGGCACGUCUGGGGCUGGCGGAGGGCACCAGCCCAUUCAUCAAACUGAGCGACCCCGGCAUGGGCCUGGGUGCCCUCUCCAGGGAGGAGCGGGUAGAGCGGAUCCCCUGGAUCGCCCCCGAGUGCCUGUUUGGUGGGGCUAACAGCCUAAGCACCGCCGCUGACAAGUGGGGCUUUGGUGCCACCCUCCUGGAGAUCUGCUUCGAUGGGGAGGCCCCCCUGCAGGACCGCGGCCCCUCCGAGAAAGAGUACUUCUACCAGAAGCAGCACCCGCUGCCCGAGCCCUCGUGCCCGGAGCUAGCCACACUCACCAGCCAGUGCCUGACUUAUGAGCCUGCUCAGCGGCCCUCCUUCCGCACCAUCCUUCGGGACCUCACUCACCUUCAGCCCCAAAAUCUUGUUGAAAUCUUGUCUGUGACUCCAACCUCACCAGCAUCAGACCCCACUGUUUUCCACAAGCGGUACUUGAAAAAGAUCCGGGAUCUGGGUGAGGGUCACUUCGGCAAAGUCAGCCUGUACUGCUACGACCCGACCAACGAAGGCACCGGCGAGAUGGUGGCCGUGAAGGCCCUCAAGGCGGACUGCGGCCCUCAGCUCCGCACUGGCUGGAGGCGGGAGAUCGACAUCCUGCGCACCCUCUACCACGAGCACAUCGUCAAGUACAAGGGCUGCUGCGAGGACCAAGGCGAGAAAUCUGUCCAGCUCGUCAUGGAGUACGUGCCUCUGGGCAGCCUCCGAGACUACCUGCCCCGGCACCACGUAGGCCUGGCCCAGCUGCUGCUGUUCGCCCAGCAGAUCUGCGAGGGCAUGGCCUACCUGCACACCCAGCACUACGUCCACCGAGACCUGGCUGCCCGCAACGUGCUGCUGGACAACGACCGGCUGGUCAAGAUCGGGGACUUCGGCCUGGCCAAGGCCGUGCCCGAGGGCUACGAGUACUACCGCGUGCGCGAGGAUGGCGACAGCCCCGUGUUCUGGUAUGCCCCUGAGUGCCUGAAGGAGUGCAAGUUCUACUAUGCGUCUGAUGUCUGGUCCUUUGGAGUCACCAUGUAUGAGCUGCUGACCUACUGUGACUCCAGCCAAAGCCCGCCCUCGAAAUUCAUCGAGCUCAUCGGCCUCACGCAGGGGCAGCUGACAGUACUGAGGCUCACAGAGCUGCUGGAACGAGGGGAGAGGCUGCCACGGCCAGAGAAAUGUCCCCAUGAGAUCUAUGUCCUCAUGAAGAACUGCUGGGAGGCAGAGGCCUCAUUUCGCCCGACCUUCCAGAACCUCAUACCCAUCCUGAAAACGGUCCACGAGAAAUACCAGGGCCAGGCCCCCUCCGUGUUCAGCGCCGGCUGA